AGGUUCCUGAAAUUAACUCCCGAUAAAACGGAACCCUCCCUAGUAACAAAGCCCUCCGUUCUCUCUCUCUCUCUCUAGUUUUGAGGUCGGUCGCCGUCAGAAAAAUGGCGCGAAAGGAAGGCGGCCGCGCCUCCUCCGACGCUGACGACCUCGCCUGCAGCCCUCUUCAGGCCGUCCUCCUCGCCGACAGCUUCGCCACCAAUUUCCGCCCCAUCACCCUCGAGCGUCCCAAGGUUCUUCUGCCUCUCGUCAACGUUCCCAUGAUCGAGUACUCCCUCGCGUGGCUGGAAUCGGUGGGAGUCGAGGAGGUCUUCGUGUUCUGCUGCGCUCAUUCGGGGAAAGUGAAGGACUUUCUUGAUUCUUCUCAGUGGACGAAGAAGCAGCCGUCGUCGGCUUUCAGCGUGACCACGAUUGAGUCACGUGAUGCGAUUAGUGCCGGGGAUGCUCUUCGAGUUAUUUACGGCCAUGGUGUGGUUCGCGGAGACUUUAUUCUCUUAAGUGGCGAUACAGUUAGCAACAUGAGCUUAAAACAAGCACUUCAUGAGCACAAAGAAAGAAGGAAAAAGGAUCCACUUGCUGUGAUGACUAUGGUCAUCAAUCACUCUAAACCUUCAUCCAUAACACAUCAAACUAGACUGGGCAAUGAUGAAAUCGUAAUGGCAAUUGACCCCGAGACGAAACAACUUCUGUACUAUGAGGACAAAGUAGAUCAGUUAAGGCAGUUUCUCUCUCUUGAUAAGGCAUUAAUGGCGGACAAUCCUUCUCUUUGUUUGCAUAAUGAUAAGCAGGAUUGCUACAUUGAUAUUUGCUCUCCAGAAGUCCUCAGUCUUUUCACAGAUAAUUUUGACUAUCAACAUCUGCGGCGUCAUUUUGUGAAGGGACUACUUGUAGAUGAUAUUAUGGGUUACAAAAUAUUCACUCAUGAAGUUCGUUCAUGUUACGCGGCAAGAGUUGAUAAUUUCAGAAGUUAUGAUACAAUCAGCAAAGAUAUAAUGCAAAGAUGGACAUAUCCUUUGGUUCCAGAUGUUCGGUAUUUUGGAAAUUUCUCAGGGAUCAAGCUUGACAGGCAGGGAACUUAUAAGGCACCUGAUGUUAUCCAAUCUAGGUCUGCACAAAUUGGCCCCUUUUCCUUGGUUGGAAGUGGAACCACCAUUGGUGACAACAGCCAUAUCUUCAAUUCAAUAGUUGGGCAAGGUUGCACUAUUGGGCGUAAUGUUUGUAUCCAAGGCUCUUACAUAUGGGAUAAUGUCACAAUAGAAGAUGACUGCAAAAUUAAUUUUGCACUAGUUUGUGAUGGUGUCCAUUUAAACGCUGGAGUCGUACUUGAACCUGGUGUGAUCUUAUCUUUUAAGGUUGAUGUUGGAAAACAAUUUGUGGUUCCUGCUUACUCAAAAGUUUCUCUACUUCCUCAACCGUCCAUGCAAGAUAGUGAUGAUGAACUCGAGUAUGCUGAAGGCAACAGUGCGGUCAAUGACAAUCCAUCAAUUACGAGUAUGGUGUAUAAUGGAGAAGCGAAUCUCAUGCCAAGUUCAUUGGAUGCAGAAGUGCUCAACACUUCUAAGGCUUCUAUUGUUGGUGCUUACAUAUGGUCAGGUGGUGAGCCAGGGCUUGAAGACGAAUGGAAGCAUUCAAUUGCACCAAUUCCUAUUGAAAAACUUAAUGAAUUCUUUCUUGAUCAUUCUUUUGAUUUUGAUGAAUCAAACCAAGAUGUUGUCUGUCUUCCGCCUUCUGGAGAGUUGCAGCCUGAUUCAGGAAGUGUUGGUUUUGAUGAUGAUUAUAGAGAUUCUGCUGAUUUUGAGAAAGAGGUGGAAGCAACUUUCCUACGAGCUUUUACAGGUGUUGAUCAAGAUAAUGUGAUUAUAGAAAUUAAUUCAUUAAGGUUGUCAUACAACAUGUCGCAUGCGGAUUGUGCUGGAGCAUUGUUCUACUCUAUCAUGAAAUCAGCUUAUGAUUCUCCUCAUUCAUCUCAAAGGGAGCUGCUAUCAAAUACUGCUAAGGAAAUUGACAAAUGGAAGAAUCUCCUGAAGAAUUACCUCAGAUCCAAAGAUGAGGAGAUUGAGGUGAUAAUGAAGCUUGAGGAGAUGUGCUUGGAAAGUGCACUGGAUUUUUCUCCUUUGUUUACAACGAUACUGAACCGACUCUAUGAGAAGGAUAUUAUAUCCGAAGAUGCAAUACUUACCUGGGCAGAGGAAAAGGAAGGAGCAGAUGAAUCUGACAAAAUCUUUGUGAAGCAGGCAGAACAAUUUAUCAGGUGGCUAAGGGAAGCUUCUGAAGAAGAUGAAGAAGAAGAAGAAGAAUAAGCACUUUGAGGUGAUUUUGACUCUAGACCCUCAUCUUUAAUUUGUGGGGUUCCUCUUGUAAAGUUAGUGCAGCCAAGUCUUGCGACCUUGAAUAAUAUUCGCAUAUGUGGAGCUCAAGAGAUUUCCAAAGAAAGCCAAGUUGCAUGAAACUCCAAAUAUUGCUUCAAGGGCGGCUCUUGAGCUUCAAGCGAGAUUGGAAUACUUCCUAGGGAUUGUUUCAUGAAGUGAACUUCUGCAUGACAUCUUGGGUAUUAAUCAUUAUUGUACUUCAUGAUACUUCGUCAUUUUUCAAAAGGCAUCUCCGUACCUUCUUUGAUUGAGCGUACAUGAGCACUGAUACAGAUGUCAGCGAAGUACAAGAACUUGUAUCUAAGGAUAUGCAUCAGAUAUCUGAAACUUCCCUUAUUAUCUAGUAAAAUAGCCUUUUUGCAUCGUCCA